AUGGAGCCAGAUCUCGAUUGUCCGACAACCCCAAAAACGCCAAUGCCAGAGGGAUACCAAUUUGUUCCAAAAGGAAAUUCUUAUGUAACCCAGCAUUGCCGGACGCAAGCACACGCUGAGGGCAAGCCUGUUUAUAUCGUCUAUGGAAAGGAGGGAAGGCUCGGCAUUAGAGUGCCAACUAGUAUCUACAUCAAAGUCUUACAGGAAUACGACCGUACAAAGGCUAACCGAGCUCGAAAAUCCCGUUUAGUCGAUGCUAGACUAGAGGAAGCACUCGGCAAAUCUGUUAAAAAUCAAUUCUAUCAGAUACCUCCCAAAGACCUAAGAGAAAUCGUCCAGCGAACCACGAAAAGAAAAAGUGGGAGAAUUGGGAGAAGUAAGAAGUUAGAUAUUGCUGUAAGAGCUCGCCUAGCUACAUAUGCCCAUAUUCGACAUCGUCAUACAGGAUAUGAAAAGCUCUUGAAAAAAGGCGUCUCAAGAGACGUCGCACGAUAUCUAGUCGACCGGAAGAUUAACGAAAUUGUUCGUAAGUGGGGAGGCACAAAAGAAAGACUUCCGUCGCCUAACGAGCACCCAGAAUCAAAUUGUGCGGUCAUCGAUCGAGUAUUGCAAACAGACUCUGCAGAAUCCACUUAG